AGUCUGUCCACCCAUCACCAACUGUCUGAGUCUGUCCAACCAAUAACCAAGUGUCGGAGUUUGUCUACCUAGAACUAUAGACCAAACGCGGUGGAGAUGUUGCAGUCCUACGUCUCCGACACUCUGGACUACUUUGACACAGUGACCUCAUUCUGUAACGAAAACUCCAAAUGGAGGCUCGAGAGGGAGACAGAGCUGGAGCUGAUGAGGGACAUCAAGGAGAGGGCCAGCCGACUGAACCUUGGAUUCCUCCAGGUGUUCAAAUCUAAAGAAAAAUGCAAAGAAUUCGGGGAAUACCUUCGCACCAAGAGUACAGGCAAUAAAAGCGAGGAGCUGGAGAAAGAGCUGGCUACUGUGCUGAAGAACACUCUGGAAGGAGUGGAGAAGCUCACCUGCUUCCUGGAUGCUGUGGAGAAGCUUGCAGUAACUUCUCUGCAGGUGUUCACGGGCGGAGAAGAGGUGGUGAAGCUGUCUUUGGGGUUCAGCCUGGAGAGUGUGAAGGACAUCAUCUUAGCUGCCCGGCUGGUCUGUCCUCUCCUCCUGCACUUCAAGAGAGAUGCUGAGGUCUUCUUCACGCCCAGCCUCCACAACGUGGCCGUCUUUGAGGCUGAGUUGGACAAAUACAUCCGCACCACUGAGAAUAUCUGUAAGACGGUGGAUGCAAGCUUUACUGUCGGCUUCGGGCACAAAAGACGCCGCCAGCCUUUGGUUGAGUUUGCGGAGGAUCUCACGGAGGAGGACCUGCGGAACACCCUGGCCCACGUCGAAGCCCUCUCCAGUCUCAGGAGGGACCAGGACUUCAGACUGGUGUUCUUAUUCCAGGAUAAGUCGGUGUCGGGCUUUGUCAACCAGUUCAGCGAGUGCCUUCCCAGAAUGCUCCAGUUCCUCGAUGAGAUGGAGGGCUGUGCCGUCCAGCUAGACAGGAUGAAGAAGGGCUCUAAGAUCUCCAGGGUGACUGGGAGCUCAGUGGGGGUCCUUGGUGGGGUCAUGACCCUUGCAGGUCUGGCUCUAGCCCCGGUGACAGCUGGGCUGUCUUUGGGUCUGACCGUGGGGGGGGUGGGUCUGGGGAUCACCAGUGGGGUAAACUAUGCAGUCACCACAGUAACGGAGAUUGCCGUUAAUGAAGUACAGAAGAAGAGGGCCAACGGAGGCCUCCAGUGCUUCAUGGAGGAUGUGGAGAGAAUCCAGGCGUGCCUGGAUGAGGUCAUCAACCAGAGGGAAGAGACAUUGGGAAAGGAUCAUUUGGAUAGUGCUAAAGGAGCUGCAGGAGUGGUUUCUGCAGUUAGUGGAAUUGGUUUCAGUGCUCGUUCAAUUCAUAAAGCUAGAUUGGCUGCAAGAAUUCCAGGAAUAGCAGAGCAAGCAGCAAAGGGAACCCGGGCUGUGACCCAGAUGGCUGUUGGUAUUGGGUUGAAUGUCCUUUUCAUUGGUCUGGACAUCUACACCAUCUGCACAGAAAGCAUCAGUUUGUCCAGAGGAGGACAGACUGAAGCCUCCGAGUUCAUCAGAGCCAGGGCGGUCCUUCUGCGCUCAGAAGUGGACUGUUGGAGAAGAAUCCAUGACUCUGUGGGUACUGGCAUGAAGCAAUUUGAGAGUAGGGAAAAUGUUCUUCAGAGCUCAUUCAGAAAUCAAUUAUAAUGCUCUCUCUUGCAUUUGUAUGUAAUUGUUGGACCAACAGGGAGAAAUCUCUCAUCCUAAAUCUCAUGAGAUUGACACAUAUUCAGAAACCUUAUAGUAUCUGAAGAAGCAGUGUUUUGUGUGCGCUCGGAUAUCGGUAUAUUCUGUGUUGCAACACAACACAUGAUGAGUCAGGAGCUGUUGGUUCUUCAGGUUUCUGGUUCUUGGUGCAGUAGAACAUUACAGUACUUGUUUCUCUGCUUGAGACCCACCUGUCUUUUCUUACCUUAAGUGUGUGUGAUUUUUAACUGUUGUCUUCCCUGAAUGACCAUUUAUUAUUGAUACAAUUGCUCUUCUAUUAUGUUACCCUAUUAAUGUACAUUUUGAGUGUGGCAAAAUGAAAGCCAACAAAAUAAUGGAUUUGAUUGCCUCGGUUUCUGUCUGCUUUAGGAAACGCACAAAGCUUAGGUCAAAUAAAGUCUAUAGGCCAUAGACAAAAUGCUGAUGGUUUUUGUACAUAUUUUAUAAUUGUAGGCUUAUAAUAAACAAGCCUUGGUGAUUUAUGGCACACAUACAAACUUAUUUUUUUACACGUGAAGACAAUAUUAGUAUAUUCAUAGAAAAAGAAAAUUGGAACUCGAUUUUACGUUAAGUAGUAAUCAGUUUUAAUUCGUUUUAAGGAACAGCAUAACCCAAAAUAAAACUAUUCUUGAUUAAGUUUUCUGACGUUCAGUCAAUCAUUGAUUGAAACUUCAUUGACCUUCGCCGUAGUGCCCCCUAGUGUUCAUCUGGGGAACUACAAGCAGAAACUCCAAAGUCCAUGUUUGUCGUGUUUUAUCUCAUGUUCUCGAGUUCUCGAAAAGAGAGCUAUGGGGAAGAUAAGUGAUUCUCUGUUUAGGUAUAAGGAUUAUAUCGGUCUGACUACAGCAGAAUACAUCGAAUCCCUUCGG